UCCUCCAGCUCUGUCUGCAGCAGAGGAGAACUCGGGAGCAGCUUGUGGAUCAAGGCAUCAUGCCACCUCUGAAAACACCUGCAGCCUUUCAUGAGCAGAUUCGCAGCCUCGAGAGAGCCAAGACAGGGAACUUCCUGAAGCACAAGCUCUGCAGCAGACCUCAGCGAUCUGAGCUGGUCCGUAUGCACAUCCUGCAAGAGUCUCAGGCGGAGGCCUCCCUGCAGGCCACACAGAUGCAGCUGAAGAGGGCCAGACUGACUGAUGAUCUCAAUGAGAAGAUCGCCCAGCGGCCAGGAGCCAUGGAGCUGGUGGAGAAGAACAUCCUGCCUGUGGACCCUGCUUCUGAAGAGGUCAACAAUGGUAGAUGUGAAAAGUCAAACUCCUCUAAAGCAGCAGAUGUUUACAGCUUUGAUGAGGACAGCAGCGAGGCCUUAUCACCGGAGCAGCCGUCCAGCCAGGAAACUCCCGUCUGCACCCCCACCUCCGGGGGGGGGUCUGCAGGGACCGAGGCCGCUUCAUCCUCCUCUCAGUUACACUCUGGCGUCCAGCAUUCCCCGCCAUCAAACUCACAGCCCCCCUCAGAUUUACUCAAACUCGUCUCUACAAAUGAGACACAAAACAACUCACAAGCAUCUGCACCUCAGCCAAUCACAGCUGUUGUGUCCAGUAUCACGCCAGGGCCGGUUCUUGUGAAGCAGACUCUGCCCAAGCAGCCUGGCGAUAAAAGCCGUAGCAAAAAGAGCAAAGAGCCCAAACCGUGGGUGAAAAAGCUGAAGUACCAUCAGUACAUCCCCCCGGACCAGAAGCAGGAGCUCAAUGACGCCCCGAUGGACUCUGGCUACGCCCGCCUCCUGCAGCAGCAGCAGCAGUUCCUGCAGCUCCAGAUCUUAAACCAGCAGCAGCAGCAGUACAGCUACCCGGCCGUCCUGCCUGCCACAUUAACCGUAUCAGCAACUGAGGUACAAACCAGCUGUUCCACUGUCCUGAGUGGAAACGCUGCGGCUGCACCCGUACCGCCCCGCCACGCUCAGAGGAACCGCAAGCUGGAUCACUUACCGGCUAAUCUGGAUGAGAUGAAGGUUGCUGGGCUGAAAAUGGAACUAAAACGCAGAUCGCUCCCUGUUUCCGGGACUAAGACGGGCCUGAUCGAGAGGCUGAAGUUAUAUCGGGAGAGCUCUACCAUCCAGACUGCUGCUGCCUUGGAAACAUCAGCUGCCACAACGUCAGAAAACAUCAAGUUAACCCCCCCUGUGUCCCCUGUGGCCUGCAAGGUGUCCAGUCUGGGUGUAGAGGACAGUAGUGUGGCAGAGAGUCCAACAAACCUUUCCGAUUCUCGGUCUCCAGCCUACACUGCUCCCUGCAGGAGCUCCCCACACAGAGCUCCACAGGAGGAGUCACCCACAGAGACAGGGUCCUCUGGGAGGGACUCUGAAAAGGACAAACGUCUUCAUGAGAAGGAGCGUCAGAUUGAGGAGCUGAUGAGGAAGCUGGAGCAGGAGCAGAGGCUGGUGGAGGAACUGAAGCUGCAGCUGGAGGUGGAGAAGAGGAGUCAGCAGGGAGAUGCUCCACCUCAGCUCAGCCCUCUCGCUCCCAUCCAGGUCAAAGAGGAGAGAAGGUCCUCCUUAACCUGCUCCGCCCCCUGCCGCUCCCCUGGUCUGCAAGUGUUGGUCAAACAGGAAGAGGCCAUGGAUCAGAGCCACUCAGCUCCUCCUGAUCAAUUCCUCAUCAGCCAUCAGACCAUCAAGCAGCCCGAAGCAUCGCACCAUGUCCAGGCCGGAGCGUCCCCCCCGGCCUCAGCACUCACUCUCCAGCUCCCAGACAACUGCAUCAGAUUACACACUCCUGUUAGCAGCACAGGCCUCAUCCAGACCUCUGGACAGGUGCCACAGAAAAUAGAGGCCUCAGCAGCUUUACAACAGCAAUGCAGCACUCACACUCCGCCACUGACAAAGACGUGGAGGAUGGACCCGGCAGCACAAAGUUCACUCAGCACAUUCCCAGUGAGUGUUCGUCCUGCAGGAGCCUCCGGUAACCAGCCCAUCGCUAAUGGACCAGUGAAGAAGUCUCCCAGUCACAGUCAACCACCGCUGAUGUUGCAUCAGCAGACGUUCAAAUCCCAUGUGUCCAAGUGUAAAGACCCCCCGCGCUAUGAGGACGCAGUGAAGCAGACACGCAGCAUGCUAAUAGCUGUUCAGGGUCCCACUGCAGCCAGCCAGCAGAUGGAUGAUCUAUUUGAUGUGUUAAUUGAGAGCGGUGAAAUCUCCCCCUUCGUCAAACAGGAUCCUCCCAGCCUGGACAAGCCUCUCCCCGUGACAGCCAGCGUAACCACCCUACCUGUCAACAUGGUUCUAUCCCGCCCUCCCGCCAUGGUCCAAGUGGCACAGCCGCCGGCGCCGCCCCUCAAACCUUCGACCGGCCUGUCAGUGCUGAUCUCUGACCCCCAGCUGGACAAGCUCCUGGACUGCAGCACACUGUCCCCCGACUCUGAGCCACAAACACUGAAGCUGAUGGAGGAGUUGCAUUCGCCCAUCACCAUGGAGGUGGACUUUAACGUAAACGCACCACCCUCUGCUUUUACCUUGCACAAUGCCAACAUGGACACUAUGGACACUAUGGACAAUAUGGACUGGCUGGACCUGACCCUGUCAGCGCCAGCAGAGGGCGUCAACCCCUUGGACAUGUCCACAUCGGUGGGCGUCUUCUCCUCUGACUUCCUGGAGCCUCAUGAACUGUGUUGAUGGAAAUGAGGUAAUGCCAAUGCACAACUGAUGUGUUAUCAUUACAAGGUUUAUUAAUCAUCAUGUUACUCACAUGUAAUCCAUUUACAGCAUAUUACUUUUUAUGAAACAGUACAUUUACUCAUGUAAUUGUGCAUAGGAGGUUAACAAAAAGGGACGACAGUUGAGCGAGUGGACGCCAGAAGGAGUUUGAAUCUGGAGUGGACAAUUUGGGAAAAGGGAGAAGGAAUAGAGUCAGUCGUCUU